AUGGACCGACCGUACCACGCAGCAUCAGGGCGACGACGUGGUGCGGAUAGCUAUGCAAUAUCUGAAGAUUCGGGGACAGAUUCGCUUCAGCAGCUCGAGCCGUCACCUCUCGACUGGGCACUAGACUUGGAACAGGGCGGAAACCUGCCGAACGCCUCCACCGCCAGCGGAAAGCCCGCUGAUGCAGGAAGCUAUGAAGGAGAGAACAAACAUCGACAUGACCCCAUCCGACAUGUAGGGCUAAGCGGGAAGGGUUGGGAGUAUUGGCUGUCCAUCCUUCAGAGAACCUCGACCUAUGCGCCCACAUUCUUCCUAACCCUCCACCUAACAAACACCUCUCUAAUCCCCCUCAUGACCGAUUCCAUUACAGCCGCUGAACCCUACCUCCUACUCACGCGACCCCUCUAUCAGUCCCCCGCCCUCGAACCUUUUCUGCUCACUAUACCCGUCCUCACCCACCUCAGCGCAGGCGUAGCCCUCCGCAUCCUCCGCGCCCGCCGCCGCGCCCGCCUCUACGGCGCCGAAACAUGCGCCCAGCGCCACGAGUUCCGUGCGUCGGGAAACUGGAAACGGCCCAGCGUCCAGGCCCGGCUGGGUUAUCUGCUGCUGCCGCUAUUUGCAUCCCAUGUGCUGGUGAAUCGGGUUGUGCCGGUGUAUGUGGACGGUGGCAGCUCUGGGGUGGGGCUCGGGUUCGUGGCCCACGGGAUUGCGAGGGCACCGUGGCUUAUGCGAGGGUGGUAUGCGGCGUUGGUUGGGGUUGGGGUUUGGCAUGUUGUGGGUGGGUGGGCGUGGUGGAUGGGGUAUAAGACGGAGAUGACGGGGACGGGGAGGAGUCGGGGCCCAAAUGGGGGGGUAUUGGGAUCGAUGGAUUGUAGGAGGAGGUCGCGGAACGUUAGAUGGGUCGUUAUUGGGGUUUCAGCGACGGGGAUUGCGUUGUGGCUGGCUGGUGGACUGGGAGUUUUAGGACGAGGAGAACUGGGAAUAAGGUGGGAGGCGAAAGGGUGGGAUAAAAUAUACAAAGAGGUACCGUUGUUGGGAAGUGUUCUCUUGAAAGCCCUUAGUAAAUACAGGAUAGAAAAUGAGGAAGGACACAGAGACACACUUCCUCCACUGGCUCGGCUUGCCAAUCGAUGCGAUAUCGGAGCGCUUCUGAGUUUCGCAAAAACUAUCAACGACGCCGGCAAUCAGAGAUCUUAG